CUACCACCACCACCACCUCCUGCACAGCUCCCACGAGCAACCACACACACGUGCACGGCAUACCCAGACACUCGACUCUCUCUCUCUCAAGAUACCCCUUUGUGUUUCCUUUCAAUCGUGACACCCCAAACUUAACCACUCAACCUUGCCAGUCACAAUCUUUAGCGACCCUUCACUGCAUCCACAAAGACCCCACCAUGUCGACUGCAGACGAGCUCAAGGCUCUCGGCAACAAGGCCAUUGCCGAGAAGAACUUUGACGAGGCUGUGUCUGCCUUCUCCAAGGCCAUCGAGCUCGACCCCACAAACCACAUUCUCUACAGCAACCGCUCAGCAGCGUACGCCUCAAAGAAGGACUGGGCCAGCGCCCUCAAGGACGCCGAGAAGACCACAGAGAUCAAGCCCGACUGGCCCAGAGGCUGGGGCCGCAAGGGCGCCGCCCUCCACGGCUCUGGUGACCUGCUCGGUGCCUACGACGCCUACGAGGAGGGUCUCAAGCAUGACCCCAACAAUGCCGGCCUCAAGUCUUCCCUCGCCUCAGUGCAGAAGGCCAUGGACCAGGAGGCUGGCGGUGCGGGUGGCAUGGGAGACCCCAUGGGUGGCCUCGGCAAGAUGUUCAGUGACCCCGGCCUCCUCCAGAAGCUCAUGAACAACCCAAAGACUGCCGGCUUCUUCUCAGACCCCUCCUUCAUCGCCAAGGUCCAGGCCCUCCAGCAGAAUCCCACAAUGACCCAGGACAUGUUCAGCGACCCCCGAAUGAUCCAGGUUCUCGGUGUUGCCAUGGGUGUCGACAUGAGCAUGGCCGAUCCCGACAACAUGCCCGCCGGUGCCAGCACUACGACCUUCAACCGCGAGGCUGAGGAGGACGUGCCCAUGCCGGACGUGAAGGUUAAGGAGCCCGAGCCGGCCAGAGAGCCCACUCCUGAGCCCGAGGACGAGGAGGCGGCCGCGAAGAAGGCUGCCAAGGAGGAGGCCGACAAGGAGAAGGCGCUCGGCACCGAGAACUAUAAGAAGCGCAACUUUGACGAGGCCAUCAAGCACUACAGCAAGGCCUGGGAGCUUCACAAGGACAUCACCUACCUCAACAACCUGGGUGCCGCCUACUUCGAGAAGGGCGACUACCAGGCCGCCAUUGAGGCGUGCAACAAGGCCGUUGAGGAGGGCCGCAUGAUCUACGCCGACUUCAAGAUGAUUGCCAAGUCGUAUGCCCGCAUUGGCUCCGCCUAUGAGAAGCUGGGUGACCUGACUUCGGCGAUUGAGAACUACAAGAAGUCCCUGACCGAGCACCGCACUCCCGACGUCGUCAACAAGCUGCGCGCUGCCGAGCGCAAGAAGAUUGAGGACGCCAAGAACGCCUAUAUCGACCCCGCCAAGGCCGAGGAGGCCCGCGAGGAGGGCAACAAGAAGUUCAAGGAGCUCGACUUCCCCGGCGCGGUGGCCGCCUACAGCGAGAUGAUCAAGCGCGCGCCUGACGACCCCCGAGGCUACAGCAACCGCGCGGCCGCCUUCGUCAAGCUCUUCGAGUUCCCCAGCGCGCUCGAGGACUGCAAUGCUGCCAUCAAGAAGGACCCCAAGUUCAUCCGGGCGUACAUCCGCAAGGCGCAGAUCUACUUUGGCAUGCGCGACUACUCCAAGUGCGUCGAUGCCUGCAACGAGGCGAGCGAGGUCGACCAGGCACACCACAACGGCGCCAACGCGCGCGAGAUUGAGCAGCAGCAGCAGAAGGCCCUGCAGGCCAUGUACGCUGCGCGCGAGAACGAGUCGGAGGAGCAGACCCGCGAGCGUCUGCAGAAGGACCCAGAGAUCAUGGGCAUCAUGCAAGACCCUGUCAUGCAGUCUAUCCUCCAGCAGGCGCAAUCUGACCCUGCCGCGCUGCAGGAGCACAUGCGCAACCCUGCGGUCAAGUCCAACAUCCAGAAGCUGAUUGCUGCCGGCGUCAUCCGGGUCGGCAGGUAAGAGUGGGCGGGCAAAGAGAAGCCACGGGAUAUCAAAUCACGGGGAUGGCAAAAGGGCGACACGGUUAACUGCAUCAUGAUUGAGAAGGCAUGACGGAUUGGGAUGUACAAAUAAUUGCAAAGUGCAGAGAUAGUAAUGACCCAGCAUAUGACCAUCAAACACGAC